AUGGCAGGUAGCGGCGGCCUGGGCGGCGGGGCCGGGGGCGGCCAGGGCGCGGGGGCCGGGCAGGGGGCCGCGCUGCGGGUGCCGCGUGCGCCGCUGCUUCUCGCCGCGCUGGUGCUCGGCGCCUACUGCCUCUGCGCCCUCCCCGGCCGCUGCCCGCCGGCCGCCCGCGCUCCGGUGCCGGCGCCCGCUCCCGCUGAGCCGCUCCGUGCCGUCGGCCCCCGGGGGGCGCCGGGCCUGCCUGUGGCCAGCGGCCCGGGACGCCGGCGCUUCCCGCAGGCGCUCAUCGUGGGCGUGAAGAAGGGCGGCACGCGCGCCCUGCUGGAGUUCCUGCGGCUGCACCCCGACGUCCGCGCGCUCGGCUCUGAGCCCCACUUCUUCGACAGGUGCUACGAGCGCGGCCUCGCCUGGUACCGGAGCCUGAUGCCACGCACCCUGGACGGGCAGAUCACCCUGGAGAAGACCCCUAGCUACUUCGUGACUCGGGAGGCCCCCCGCCGCAUCCACGGCAUGUCCCCGGACACGAAGCUGAUCGUGGUGGUGCGGAACCCUGUGACACGGGCCAUCUCCGACUACGCCCAGACGCUCUCCAAGACCCCGGGCCUGCCCAGUUUCCGUGCCUUGGCCUUCCGCCACGGCCUGGGCCCCGUGGACACGGCCUGGAGCGCCGUACGCAUCGGCCUGUACGCCCAGCACCUGACCAACUGGCUGCGGCUCUUUCCCCUGUCCCGCUUCCUAUUCGUCAGCGGGGAGCGCCUGGUCAGCGACCCGGCCGGGGAGGUGGGCCGCGUGCAGGACUUCCUGGGCCUCAAACGCGUGGUCACGGACAAGCACUUCUACUUCAACGCCACCAAGGGCUUCCCCUGCCUCAAGAAGGCCCAGGGGGGCAGCCGCCCCCGCUGCCUGGGCAAAUCCAAGGGCCGGCCCCACCCCCGCGUGCCCGAGGCUGUGGUCCGGCGCCUGCGGGACUUCUACCGGCCCUUCAACCGCAGGUUUUACCAGAUGACCGGCCAGGACUUUGGCUGGGACUGAGGAGGACGGGCCAGCCCGUGCCCGGCCCGGGGACCCUCGCUCACCUUAAUUUAUGCCGGCCGCCGGGCCGUGGAGCCUGCAGACAGAUGAUGGGUAGGGAAAAGUAUUUAAGGAAUAAAGCCUGGGUCUGUGUUCUGCCACAUAAUCUGGAAGGUGGCCAGACGGGGGCUGGAGGUGCCACCGCCCAGGGAAACGCUAACCAUACCACCUGUCUCUACAGGGCACUGUUCGUAUGCCCAGAGUGGUCCAAAACCCAAUCCGUAGACAUCCCUUGGGGUGGGCAGUGAGCUUGGCCACAUGUCACACAGGAGCAACUGAGGCUCAGAGAGGUUUAGGGCCUGCCCAGUGACGCACAGCUCAGACUCUGGAGGCCCUCCUGUCCGCCCUGGGAUGCUGAGCUAUGCUGGAAUGUUGUCCCCGUGCGGCAGAUGAGGAAACUGAGGCUCCAGGUUGCCCACGUGAGGGCUGGGGUGGGGAUGAAAGUUGGAUCUGGCCAACUCAGGGCUGCACCCAUGACUGCGGCUGAUUUCGUGUCUUAGUGCCCAUUGGAUGCUCCCUCCUGGGAAUCUGGUGAGGUUGCCUUACACGGAGAGUGACGUGAGGAGCAGCAGCGGGGUAUUGGUUUUAAGCAUCCCCAAGCCCCUGGGGACAGUGUGGCACCACCCACCACAGGCCACACCCAUGCUGCCACUCCCACCCUCCAGACCCUGCCCGCUUGGGGGGACUUGCCCUCUCAGUGGGUUCCACCCACUCCCCCAGGCCCUGGAUGCCCCGGUUCUGCUGUGUUCCAGGAAGGGCUCCCGCCCUUGGGGGAUGGGCAGAGGUGAAUGCCCAUCUGGGGCCCAGCUGCCUGCUCAGAUCCUGACUUAGGCCAGGCUCGGGUGGGCUAGGCUGCCCUAUCCACCCCUCUGCCCCUGGGAAGGUGGGGGCCCCUUCCUAAUGACUGUCACCUGCUCCUGGCCACAGUGUUGCUUGCCAGGUGCCCACAAACCGCCCUGACAAUGACCUCCGGGGACCCUUGGAACCAAGCCUGGCAUGCCCCGGCUGUGCUGGGUCCUCACAGGACCUGGCUGCGUCCUCUGCGCCCCAGGCCUUGGGCCCAUAUCAAAUCUUCAGCCCUGCUUGUGGCCUUUCCAGCUCUGGGCUAGUUGGAGUAGCUGCCCGUCCUGGGCCCCGGGGUGGAAACGAGGGAGGAUUUCCAGGGGAGUGACGGCUUACCUUCCAGGCACCUUUUCUGGCUAACCGGGAACCAGCGGGCCCAGCAGUCCCCGUGGCUACUGUCUUUGUCACAUGACCUUACCAGUGGUAGACACCUGGGGUCACCUGAUUGUCUGUGAGAAGAGGCUCGACAGGAAGUGGGGAGGGAGUUGGGGGCAUCUCUCCUCAGCGGCCCGGAGCCUGCCCCUCCGUCCUGCUGGUUCUGGGCCCAGAGGACACUCCUGUCUGGAUCGUCCUGAGGGGCCAGCACUGUCAGGAAGCUCUGCCAUCGGGGCCAGGCCAGAGGCAGGACUGGGGGCUGGUCCUGAGACACCCUGGCGGAGAUGCGGCUGAGACACAACUGCAGGCCCCUCCCCCGCCUAGAUCUCUGGGAGAUCUCUGGGAGGAGGGGAGGGCCGGCCCUCUGGGAGGAGGGGAGGGCUGGCCCAACGUGCAAUGACGGUGACGAGGCAGGGCCUCCGGGCCCCGCCGGAUGGCAAGGACUGGGCUUGGCGUCU